UCAUGAAAUAACUCAAACUGAUUCUAGUAUAAAUGAAGGUUCAGAAAAUCUAGAUUCUGGUUCUAAAAGCUUUAUUAAUGAACUCCAAUAUGAAAAUAAAGGGAAUGAGUAUGAUAAUCAAGAUGAUAAUAGUCAAAAAGUAUUACGUUACGACCUAGAUAAAAUGCAAGAAGUUAUAGCAAAAAUAUUUGAAGAAGCAGAAGCACAGAAUGAAUCUAUAAAAUUCAUAUACAAAAUUGAAAUAGACCAAAAUAUUCUUUCUACUGUUUCUUUGACUAAGCUUGAUUUAGAUAGUAAUGAUCUAAAAACAAUUGAGAAUAGAUUUCUUCAACUUGCUCAUGCAUUUAUUGUGCUACUUGAGUUAGGAUCUGACUAUUAUUGGAAG